CUAUUAAAGGACAAAGAACUUUUACAUAAAUAUGGUUCUGAGAAAUUUGACAUAACUCCACCAGAAAAGAAGAAGAAGAGAGAAAAGAAAGAAAAGAAAGAAAAGAAAGUAGAAGAGAAGAAAGAACCUGAACCAGUUCCAGAGAAGGUGAGAUAUGACAUGUAA